AUGGCAGGCCCUGUUGACAAAACAACGAAAGAGGUCUCAGAUUUGACAAUGGAAUCGGAAGGAACUAUGAGCAAAAAUGCACGCAAGAAGGAGCUGAAGAACAUGCAAAAGGAAGAGGAGAGGCGGCGAAAAGAGGAGGAGAAGGGAAAGCAGGCUGCUGCCACAGCAAGCUCGCAGGUUAAGAAAAAUGUAGCUAAUGAAGAUGAAGAAAUGGAUCCAACGCAAUACUUUGAAAACAGGCUGAAGCAUCUUGCUACACAGAAGGCAGAUAAUAAAAAUCCAUAUCCUCACAAAUUCUUUGUUUCAAUGACUCUGCUUGAAUAUGUAGAAAAGUAUGACGGCUUAAGCAAUGGGGAGCAUCAGGAGGAGAUCAGUGUAUCGCUAGCUGGGCGAAUCAUGAGCAAAAGGUCCUCCGGCUCUAAGCUUUUCUUUUAUGAUUUACAUGGUGGCGGUGAAAAGGUUCAAGUCAUGGCUGAUUUAAGCAAAUCGGAGUUGGAUGAAUCUGAAUUUUCUAAGUUCCAUUCUAGUGUUAAGCGUGGUGAUAUUGUUGGAGUGACUGGGUUCCCAGGGAAGACGAAGAGAGGGGAGCUGAGCAUUUUCCCAAGAUCAUUUAUAGUCUUAUCACAUUGUCUUCAUAUGAUGCCAAGGCAUAAAGCUGGUCCUGCUUCUGAUAAUGCUAAUGCGAAGAAGACUGAUGGAUGGGUCCCAGGAAGCCCAAGGAAUCCUGAAACUUAUAUUUUAAAAGACCAGGAAACUCGUUAUCGUCAACGUUAUCUGGAUUUAAUGUUGAACACCGAGGUUCGACAAAUAUUCAAGACCAGAUCUAAGAUCAUUCAAUAUGUUAGAAGGUUCCUGGACAAGCGUGAUUUCGUGGAGGUUGAAACUCCAAUGAUGAAUAUGAUUGCUGGUGGAGCGGCUGCCCGCCCUUUUGUGACUUAUCACAAUGAACUUGACAUGAAGCUUUUCAUGCGCAUUGCACCUGAACUAUAUCUCAAGCAGUUAAUUGUUGGUGACCUGUCUCGUACCGGUGUUUAUGAGAUUGGAAAACAAUUUAGAAAUGAGGGUAUUGAUUUGACUCAUAAUCCUGAGUUCACCACCUGUGAAUUCUACAUGGCUUAUGCAGACUACAAUGACUUGAUGACCCUGACCGAGGAAAUGUUGAGUGAGAUGGUCAAGGAACUCACUGGUGGAUACAAAAUCAAGUAUCACUCGAAUGGGCUCGAUAAGGAUCCAAUUGAGAUUGACUUCACUCCUCCUUUCAGGAGGAUUGACAUGGUCGAUGAAUUAAAUAAGAUCGCAGAUCUCAACAUAAAUCCAGCAGAUCUCUCUAGUGAUGAAGCUAACAAAUAUCUUAAGGAGGCAUGCAAGAAGUUUGAUAUCAAAUGUUCUCCUCCUGAAACAACAACUCGUUUAUUGGACAAGCUUGUGGGGCACUUUCUGGAAGGGACUUGUGUAAAUCCUACAUUUAUCAUUAACCAUCCCGAAAUAAUGAGUCCUUUAGCAAAGUGGCAUAGAUCAAAACCGGGCUUGACUGAACGUUUCGAAUUGUUUAUCAACAAGCAUGAGCUCGCCAAUGCAUACACUGAAUUGAAUGAUCCUGUGGUACAACGCCAACGAUUUGCUGAUCAACUCAAGGAUCGACAAUCAGGUGACGAUGAAGCAAUGCCUUUGGAUGAAACAUUUUGUAGAGCCCUUGAGUAUGGUUUACCUCCAACUGGCGGUUGGGGUUUGGGCAUCGACCGGCUCUGUAUGUUGUUAACUGAUUCACAGAAUAUCAAGGAAGUUCUUCUCUUCCCGGCUAUGAAACCACACGCUGAGCCUUCUGCUAAAGGUGCUAAUUCUGAUGUUGGAAGACCUUUCUGGCAUAAUUUUAAAAAUCUUCUGAGUCAUGUUAUUCAUGUGAGCACUUUUCUGAGUUAUUCAUUGGGAUGGUAUCAGAAUCAUGUUAUUCAUGUGCACUGGCGGACCCAAGAAUUUUUUAGCGGAGGUGCAAUUUUGAAAGACGGAAUUGCCCCCGUCUCUCACACACUCUCUCUCUCCCGCGCGUCGCUCUCUCCCUCCUCUGGUUCGCGACCGCCACCACAGCCGGCCACGUUUUGGCCGGCCGUUCAGUCAUCCGGCCACCACUCGGGUCGGGACCGGUCCCAAAAUGACCGGCCUGACUCCGCCGUCCUACCCCACCUGUUCUCCGACGUCAGCCGGCAGCGAUACCGCCGGAAAGUGCAGAAAAACGGCCGGUUUUUACCCAGAUUUUCCGGAGCUCGUUCCGGCGAUUCCGGCCACCAAAUCUUGCGAUCAAGGUAUGGUUUCUCACCUAUUUUCCGAGCUCUAGCUGCCUGUUGGGAAGCUUGGCCGGCGGUUUGGAGUUUUCCGGCCGCCGGAAAUUACUCAAGGCACCCACGCGCUGCCGGCGCGUGUGGCGGCGCGUGGGCUAGGAAAAUGGACCGGCUCGAGGUAUUACCAGGAUCGUGUAGGAUCCGACGGAUCGUAAAACGGAGUCCCGGAUACUCCGGAAAUGCCAACCCUGGGGCCCAGUGUGAGGUCGCACGCGUCUUUGGGUUAGCUGGCGUGUUGACAGACCCCGCCCAGUGUGAGGUCGCACGCGUCUUUGGGUUAGCCGGCGUGUUGACAGACCCCGCCCAGUGUGAGGUCGCACGCGUCUUUGGGUUAGCCGGCGUGUUGACAGACCCCGCCCAGUGUGAGGUCGCACGCGUCUUUGGGUUAGCCGGCGUGUUGACAGACCCCGCCCAGUGUGAGGUCGCACGCGUCUUUGGGUUAGCCGGCGUGUUGACAGACCCCGCCCAGUGUGAGGUCGCACGCGUCUUUGGGUUAGCUGGCGUGUUGACAGACCCCGCCCAGUGUGAGGUCGCACGCGUCUUUGGGUUAGCCGGCGUGUUGACAGACCCCGCCCAGUGUGAGGUCGCACGCGUCUUUGGGUUAGCCGGCGUGUUGACAGACCUCGCCCAGUGUGAGGUCGCACGCGUCUUUGGGUUAGCCGGCGUGUUGACAGACCCCGCCCAGUGUGAGGUCGCACGCGUCUUUGGGUUAGCCGGCGUGUUGACAGACCCCGCCCAGUGUGAGGUCGCACGCGUCUUUGGGUUAGCCGGCGUGUUGACAGACCCCGCCCAGUGUGAGGUCGCACGCGUCUUUGGGUUAGCCGGCGUGUUGACAGACCCCGCCCAGUGUGAGGUCGCACGCGUCUUUGGGUUUGCCGGCGUGUUGACAGACCCCGCCCAGUGUGAGGUCGCACGCGUCUUUGGGUUAGCCGGCGUGUUGACAGACCCCGCCCAGUGUGAGGUCGCACGCGUCUUUGGGUUAGCCGGCGUGUUGACAGACCCCGUACGUGGCCGGGAACCAGGAUUGAUAGGAAAGAGCUACGUGUGGCUUGAUCCCUUAGUAGGGUGUGUAUGGAUGGAUUUUGAAUUGGUUAUAUGCAUGUCUGAUGCAGUAGAAAUUUUGGGGAAUGUUCAAUUUACAGGGGAGACUAUGCCGAAAUUUUGGCAGAAAGUCUCGUGCCCUAAAUCCUCUCUGGUAAAAGAGGACAUAGUUUUAAGGAGUAAACCCGGCGUGGGUGUGAUGCCGGGGUCUCCGCAGGGUUCGUCUCGGGUUCCGGGAAAUUCGGGGCGGGUCCUAUCAGGCUAUACAUUUGAAAUAUUCUAUUUUGGGAGGGAGAGAGUGGUGAAAAUUUGUGAGGCUUCCGAAUGCGAAGAUGAAGACGAUGAUGGUGCUGGUAUUGGAAAGCCUGACCUUCAAAAUUAUCGAAUCGAUGAUCUACCAGAAGAGAUAAACAAGAGUCGAAAAGGGUGGCUUGGUCCAUAUGUUGGGAAAAGUGGUUGUCUUGAAUCAACAAAAGCCAUUUUUGGGAGACAGCCUUCAAUCUCAGCAAAGAAUUUUCAGAAACCAGCCAUCAGGAAUUGGGGAGCUGAUGAAGAAGAAGCUGUGAAGCCAGUGCAACUGCAUUGGCUUUUACUCGAUAGACCUAUUGGCAGAGAACUUAAUGGCCUGCUAACGGGUCGUGUAGAACCGCUAAGGGCAUUACCUGCCAACUCACUUGAAGAGAAGCGAACAUCUCAACUGGAGGGCAUUGUUGAUAAAGUUGUAAACAAGAUCCAAUAUAUUGUAGUUAUACUUUGGUUAAAAGGAUUGGUUAUUGACUUGAUAUAA